CGACAACUUCUUCUCAUUCGGUGAAAACCUCCAAAGCCCUGUCGCUUCUUUAAGCAUUCGUUGUCCAUUUAUCAUGAACCAGAAUUGAAUGGCAGGUGCAAGACGCAAGGCGGCGCGCAAAUUCAUCGAUUGGAUGAAAUAGUCCUCAGACGUACACCAGGUCGAAUUUCGGGAUUCGUUCGCCUGAACCCCGCCACGCCAGGCAGCUGCCACCCUAGGGCGGACCACCGCUGUCACACAAGCAUCCGGUGUCGAACUGUGGCAAACCAAAUUUGCAGGGAGAUAGAUGCCCAUCCAUCGACUACUACAGUCUUUCUCUUCGCUCACUUGAUGACAACAACUAUCAAAGCAUCCAAGCAAAAUGGCCGAAAUGGACAAUCUACGCAACGAGAUAGAUCUCCAGUUGGCUGUGGUCGCUUCUCUUGAGGACGGACACUCCAUGGGGUCCAUCUCAGCGGAUCCUGAGGAAAUCCAGAAAGCAAACGACCGCCUUCGUCAACUCCAGCAACAAAUGUCUUCCAUGCAGCGAAAACAGGGCUCAUCAUCUCGCCAUGUCAAGCCAGAAUCGGAAACCUCACAAAGCCCUGCAAGAUGGGCGCCUACUGCUUCCGGCUCAACUUCUUUCCAGGCCAACACAGGUUUGUUUAUAUCCGUACUUGUCGUUGAAUUCAUUUCUUCUGCACUCUUCUUGGCACCUCGCCGUAAACCACAGACUUAUCCUCACAUCAACGUCACUGUCCAUCUACCCCUCAUUGUGAAUGAAUAUGUUUAUCGGGUACCCAUUGACACGUUUCAAACAGAGCCAGAUUCAUCUCAAUAUUUCUCUCGGCCAUCUCAUGUCUCUAACUCUGUUUCUCCUUACGUGAAGAGAGAACCUGUAUCAUCCAGAGAUACUGCCUCGCAAUCUCAGCAGACAGUAUCAUUGGGACUGACGCCAGUGAUUGAUUCCGUGAUGUAUAAUUUUGACAAGAGAGUCUUAGCAUUGUCAAGGAAAAUUCAAUCUUUGGUUAAGAAUUUCCAUCGCAUUGGUGGCCUGGCGGCGGGCUCACCAAAGGACGUCGGAGAAAGCAUCGAUCGCCUGAAUGAAGACUUUGAGGACGACUUCAACGUGACUGAAGCUAUCGCUCGAUCUCUUCUUCCACCCAACGCAAGCUUCGAUGGUGUGAGCCGCCGCAUGUCUGUGACUCGGGAAAGAUAUCUCUUAUCCAAGAGUGCCGCUGAACAAAGUCUUGCUACUGCAAAUCCAGUCGGCAGCAGCUCAUAUGCCUCAACUUCAAACGCAGUUUCGCCUCCGAAGUUAUUUGUACCAGAGAAUGGCAGUAAUGGACAUGGCUUGCAUAGCUCUGGCGUCGACAAUAGCCGGAAGCGGACUUACAGUACGCUUGUUAAUGGCAGUACGCGCUGGAAGAUGGAGCCGGUAGAAGGAACUUCCAAGUCUCAGCGGACUGCGAGGAUGAUAACGCCAACACGCGAUCUCAACGACGCUUUCGCGACGCCCUCAAAAACGAAUCGUGGCCAAAAUUCAGAUGUCAUCGACCUUACUGGGGACGACGACGAUAUAUAUGCCACCAUUCAAAAGCAUGCGCAGAAAAGCGCCCAGUCUACGAACGACUCACGCGGCUCUCGCAAUCCGUAUCAACCCCAUGAUUCGGUGAGCAAUUCGCCAUUCAGCCAGACCCACCUAGUUAGUAGACCUGCGCCAAGUGCCUAUUCCACUCGGCAUGUCUUGCCCACGCACCAAAAGAUGCCUGGCGGAUAUGUCAGCUCUGAUUCCGAAGACGAGUUUCGGCGCAUGAAUAACCUGCCUCCCCGGUCCUCGACCCGUCAGCAGCCAGGCCAGCCGUCUCAUAGCAUGGGAUACUCGCCUUGGGCCAACCAACCCAACCAUUUCGGCUAUUCAACGGUCCCCUCAGCUGCCCAGGUGAUACCAAGCAGCUCUAGAGGAGCUGCCAACAUGCAUCGCCCUGGAACUUUGCAGGGCGGGCUUUUCAACCAACUUAACCCCUGGAGUUCGGCAACUUCGAUGGUUUCGUCUGCGUUCAGUGGCCUUGGAAACCUCAUUAACCAUACCAGUAAUUUUGAUUAUCUCAACCUAAGGGACAGCAAUGGUAAUCCACUUCCAUCACGCCUGGCCAAUUUUCUGGAAUCGGACGAUGAUUACAAUGGAAUAAUUCCCCCAUACUACAACCCGGCAGACGACUAUCGCAAAAAAGAGGAGCAGGCCAUCAGGGACAUGCUCGCAUCCAUUCGGCCGGAUGAGGACCUUGCUAAGGGCGAGGUGGAUGAGACACCCGAAGCGAUGAAGUUUCCCCUAUUCCCACAUCAGCAGCUUGCGUUGAAGUGGAUGAAGACUAUGGAGAUGGAUGAGCUGAAAAAGGGUGGUUUGCUUGCUGAUGACAUGGGCCUUGGCAAGACUGUAUCAACCCUUUCGCUCAUGGUAUCGCGUCCAAGUCCAGACUCAGAAGUGAAGACCAAUCUCAUAAUUGGUCCGGUGGCUCUUAUCAGGCAAUGGGAGGCAGAAAUUGCCAACAAACUGAAGCCGGAUCAAAAAAUGAGCGUCUACCUUCUUCACGGCGCCCACAAAAAGCCGUACUCUGAACUUCGUAAUUUCGAUGUAGUCAUGACGACUUAUGGCACCCUUGCCUCCGAAUUUAAACGCAUGGAGCUGUACAAGCAUCAGUUCAAGAAGACGCCUGAAGAGUACGCAGAAGAUACAAAUUUGCAAAAGAAGUGUCCACUGCUACAUUCCAAGUCUCGAUUCUGGCGAAUCAUUCUGGAUGAAGCUCAGUGUGUGAAAAAUGAGAACACACAAGCAGCGAAGGCUGUUUCCGUACUCAGAAGCGAGCAUCGUUGGUGCUUGACAGGAACCCCGAUGAUGAAUGGGGCCCACGAGCUCUUUUCGCUGAUCAGGUUCCUGAGGAUUGCACCCUAUAAUUCGGCAACUGCUUUCAAAUCGGCAUUCGGUUGUCUCACGCCGAAGGGUGCUACGAAUCGUAGCAUGGCCUCCCGCACUGCAAAGGCCAUCAAGCAACUUCAGGUUGUUCUAAAGGCCAUUAUGCUGAGACGUGAAAAGACUUCUAAAAUCAACGGAAAACCUAUCUUAGAGCUGCCGCCAAAGUUCGAAGAAGUUGUCAACGUCGUGUUCUCCGAGGAUGAGGCGAGCUUCUACAGAGACCUGGAGACAAGCUCACAGAACCAGAUCAACAAGUAUAUCAGGCGUGGAACGCUUCGCAAGAACUAUGCCCAUGCACUGGUGCUGCUCCUCCGACUGAGGCAGGCGGCUUGCCAUCCUCAGCUCAACACUGACGUGGAGUAUACCGUGGACCCUGAGGUUUCCGAGGAGCAUCUGUUGGGGUUGGCAAAGUCAAUGUCAAGCGAUGUUGUUCGCAGACUGAAAGAAAUCGAAGCCUUCAGUUGCCCCAUCUGUAUGGAUGCUGUUGAGGAUCCGGCUAUUGUACUUCCCUGCGGCCAUGCACUAUGUCGCGAAUGCCUUACUCAGUGGAUUAGCAAUUCGGAGCUGAGGUCAGGAGAUAACAACAGCGCGAAAUGCCCAGAGUGUCGCGGGCAGAUUGACUCCAAGAAGGUCGUUAACUACGGUACCUUCAAGCAAGUACACAUGCCUGAGCUCAUGUUGAAAAACUCGCAAGAAGACGAUGAAGAGUCAGAAGAGGACAAGUGGGCCCAGGGCUUCGACUCGGACUCUGAUACAGUAGGGUCCGAAACAGAGUCCGGAGAUGAAGUUGAUGACAACGGCGACCUGAAGGAUUUCAUUGUUGGCGACAGUGAUGAAGGCUCCGACACUGAGUCUUUGACAUCUCAGCCUCGGUCCUCAAAGGGCAAGGGCAAAGCACCUGUGGUUAUGGAUUCGGAGGAUGAAGAACUCUCACCUUCCGAGAAGCCUUCCAAGAAGAGGAAGUCCAAAACCCAGGCUAAGGCCAAAAAGUCGGGCGUGGCAUCGAAGAAGAAGAAGAAGAAGGCCAAGGAGGAGGUGAAGCCUCACCAGCUGGCUGAACUACGCAGGGAUGCCAAGCGCAACAAAGCCUCUCGCAGGCGAUACUUUGACUAUUUGGACGACAACUGGAUCACAUCAGCCAAGAUCAGCAAAUGCACUCAGCUACUUAGCGAAAUCAGAGAAAAAGGGGAAAAGACUCUGAUCUUCUCGGUCUUCACCAGUCUGCUCGACCUGCUCGAGGUGGGGAUCCGCCAUGACCUUGGGCUUCGGGUGUGUCGUUACGACGGCAGCCUUGGUCGUGACGCACGCGACAAGGCUGUGCAAGAUUUCCAAUUCAAUCCCAACGCAACCAUCAUGCUGGUCUCGCUGCGGGCUGGCAACGCUGGUCUCAACUUGACGGCAGCAUCACAAGUCAUCAUCAUGGAUCCGUUCUGGAAUCCAUACAUUGAGAUGCAGGCAGUCGACCGGGCGCAUCGCAUGGGCCAGCUACGUUCGGUACACGUACAGCGUCUCGUUGUCCAGGAAACGGUCGAGGACCGCAUCAUCAAGUUGCAAGAGCAGAAGCGCACUCUCGUUGAGGCAGCACUGAACGGUGACGAGGCCAAAAAUUUGGCGAGACUUAGUGACCAAGAGCUUGGUUACCUCUUUGGUCUCAAUCAGCAAUCCGACGGUGGUCGACGUUAAUCUUUUGCAGGUUUGCUACCAAGCAAACAUAGACGAACUUAUGAACCUUCUUACAUUUUUUGCAUGAUAAAUUUCAUUUGUUUCUCGUUCUUCAAUGGAGUUGGGUCACGUUUAUGAAGAGUGGAAUUGCGAGAUCUUUUAUUUUCUCUCUUUUUCCCCUUCUUUUUCUACCGGUUGUCACUGAGAAACAACCCCUGACUGGCAUUCAUGAUUUAGUUGGCUUCGAUCUACACAUUUAUUUGCACAGUGGCAGUACUUCAGAGGCAUCAUAUGCCGAGGUCAGCGAGCAGGUUUGUAGUGUUCAAAUGAAGGGUGACUUGGUCACCCCAGCGACAGCCCUGACUAUUCUUCAGGCUGGACUUUCUCAAGGUGACUGGUCGUCAGACCAGUGCAUCAAAGAAAUUUUACAGUUUUAUACUCGUCAUAUUAUAGCAUCGUGGGGCAACCCAUCAAAUACAGACAUAGUCGUCUAAUAUUAAAUGAGUCCUGAACUUUGACAGGCAGAU